UUCACAAACAAUACUAGGAUAGGGUUUGUAUGAAAAUAUACAUUAGUCAGUUGAUACAACAAACGAAAUGCAUACAAUAUACAACAACCUACAAAGCAAUAAAUUUGUACCAAAAAGUUUGGCUACCAAUGUGGAAGCAGUAGAAUUCACUUCAGAGAAGCUCAGUAAGCCUACAGUAAAACCAACCAAUUGGUGUGGUCCCAAAACUUAUGAAGAGCUUUCUACCAAUCGAGUUCUACCAAGAAGCCAAAGGAACCAACAAGAAAUACAAAUGAAUCAAUCGGAAUAUAACGAUUCACAGUCAAUAUCUAAUAGAUACGCAAGGCCGUCCAGUCGCCCUUUUAAAUGCGAUAAAUGGAAUCCUGAUGAGUUCUUGAAUUGCGCUGAUAUAAAUGGCAAGCUUUAUAGACUAUACAAUCUUUUCGAGGACGUUGAAGUUGGUGAAGCAUUCAAAAAACAGCAGCCUAAACCAAUUAAACGUCUUAAUACGGCAACUGCGAAGCCUCUUCAAUCAAGGAAGUCGCAAAAGGAUGCCAAAUUGUCGAACCUGGUAAAUCCAAAUAGGUUUCAGAGCAAAUCACGAAGACAACCAGCUAAGAAUGCUACAGAAAUAGCUGAUGACUCUGUCGAAGAUUUGCAGCCUCAACGAUGUGAGCCUAUUACAAAUCGAAUAAAGUCCGAGGAAGCCGAGCAUGAAAUGGAAACUAAGAAACCUCGACGAUCGCGAGGAAGGCCCAAAAAGAAUGCGAACUCUAACCUUAUUAAUCCUGACUAUGCAAAGAAAAAUGACAAAACGAUGUCAAAGAAAGUAAGUCCUAAGAGUAAAGUGGAUUACUUGGAGGACAUGGAGCUGGGUGCUACUUUUCGGAAGCAACAGCAAAAGCAGCAGCUUCUAAGUAGUCGCCGUAGUUUGGGUGUAGCUGGACCAAGACGAUCCCCAAAGGAAUCGAAGAACUGCAGUACUGGUUCAUCGGUAGUGGACUGGAAAAAAUUAGAUGAGCAACCCGUAGUAUUAUUACGACGAAGUGCACGGAUUCAGGCAGCAAAACUUAGGAAGGAGCAGUCAUUGGAAAGGAACUUGCAGAAGGAUCAGGAGAAACCCAAUUCUGGAAUGGUAGUGGAUUGGAAGAAAUUAGAUAAGCCAGAACGGGUCCAAGAACCACCCAUCGUAUUACGACGAAGUGCCCGGAUUCAAGCAGCCAAACUCAAGAAGGAGGCCUUGGAAGCCAGUUUAAGAAAUCAGAAUCAGAUUAAGAAUCAGGAGAAGCCGAGUUCCAGAAAGGCCGCGUUCGAUCACGUACUUUGAGUGCGCCGAUAUAAAUGGAAAGCUUUAUAGACUUAAUGACAUUUGGGAGGAUGUGAAGCUUGGUGCUGCUUUUCGGAGGAAACAGAAGAAGGCGCAGCACCAGCAACGGAGAACUCUUCGCGUUCGGUGAGGAUCCUAAACUACAGGCUAUUGAUAUAUACAUAUUUGGUCCUAAAAUAUUAUAAUACAAAAUUUUCGUUUGCAAAAGGCA